UCUAAUUAACCGUUUUGUGUAACGUGGCAGCAAGUCACAGGUUUUCCUCUCUGAAACAGUACUUCUCAGUGUUGCGGUUGAGCUCGAGAGCAGACCGGGUGACUUUCCUGGCUAGCCUGGUUAGCGCAUGUCAUUGGAUCCUCGGUCGUGUAGUCUGUUCCAAUGACUACAAUACGCGAAGCACUCGCUGCAGUCCGCGGAGAGACCGAAGCCACGGUUGCUCCCAUCCUUCAAGCUCUACAAGCUGAAGGUUUUGAUGUGGACGCUGAGGCGGGAGACGCGUUUUGUCUUCUUGACGUUAGUUAUCUGCGAUCACACCUUAAUCUCCGGCAGCUUACCGCCCUGAAGGCAGCCAUCAAAACUGUGCGCCCCAUCGUGAUAGUGGCCCCCCUACACGUUGGUCGUCAGACAACGCUCUGCACGUUGUCUGGCGACCGUGUCUAUGAUGUGCGUGCGCGCUGCAUUGUUGUUAUGUUUGACGACUUAAUGCUGCUCAUGUUGUACAGCGCGCUGAUGCUGGCACCAGCAACGCUGCUGCAGGUGAGCCUUCUGUGCCUGACGUGGGAAGGGGGGAACAGGUUUUGUGGGCUUGGUGUGCCGUUUCAUUUAGGGGUGGAAACUUACGGCGUAAUAGACUUUUUGGACCGUAAGUUACGGUUUGGAGCGUCCUGAGACCAACCGUAAUGCUUUACGGUCCCGUACCAGUGGCCAUUUUCGUGAACCCAAAACAUUUUAGUAAUUAUAGUAACAAUAAAUAACAUUUUUUAGCUGCUACCUCUGUUCACGUGGGUCAUGUGUAACAAUGGCCGAUG